AUGUUGAGGAUGAUGCUCACUGUCUUGGCCAUUUGCCUCAGUAGCCUCCUGGAUCCAGGCGACUGUCGGCUGCUGGCCAAUACUCCCCGGCGACAGAACAAUGAGAUCUCCGCCAGAGGUCAUCACAUUAACCACACGGUGACCAUCAAACAGCAGCCUAUUGUCUUUAACCAUGUCUACAACAUCAACGUGCCCAUGGAUUCAGCGUGUUCUGUCAGGUUGGACAGCUCCACAGAACAAAUGGAGUUCACACAGGAUGAAGAUGGCAGCCAAGACAGUGAACAACAUCCAGACAGGCGGGUAGCGUUCACCCACAACAUCCAUGUCCCCAAACAGACGUGUGAUUGCCCACACUCUGACCUGCUCCAGAGCGUCCUUGACCGCCUCAAAAUGUUGGAGAGAGAAGUGUCCAUCCUGAGGCAGCAAUGCAGCACUGGCUGCUCUGGACAAAGAUCAGCUUCAGGUCGGAUUGACUAUGCCCCCAUGUGUAAUGGCCAUGGUAACUUCAGCAUGGAGACGUGUGACUGCAGCUGUGAACUUGGCUGGACAGGCAAGGGCUGCUCAGUGCAAUGCUGCCAGUCCAACUGCAGUGGGCAUGGGCUGUGUGUUGAUGGGCAAUGCCUCUGUGACCAGGGCUACACAGGGCAGGACUGCAGUGAGCUGCAAUGCCCUGGCAACUGCAGUGGACAUGGGCUCUGUGUGGAAGCCGAGUGUGUAUGUGAGGAACCGUACACUGGAGAGGACUGUGGGCAACUGAGGUGUCUCAACGGCUGCAGCCAGAACAGGCAAUGUAACCAUGGUGUGUGCUCCUGUCAAGAGGGCUACACUGGACCGGACUGUGGGCAAGUGUUUCCACCACAACGUCUCCGUGUUACCGGUGUAACAGAUCAAAGCAUUGCCCUGGAGUGGGAGAGGUCUGUAGUCAUCACUGAGUAUCUCAUCACUUACACUCCCGAUAUUGUGGAUGGGCUACAGUCAGAACUACGAGUCCCAGGGGACUGGACGGCAGCUAACAUCACAGGGCUGGAGCCUGGCACUGAAUACAGCAUUCACAUUUACGCUGUGCUGAAUAAUCAGCUGAGUGUUCCCAUCAACUCACAGACAACCACUCACUUGCCCACGCCUCAGGGUCUUAGCUUCAAAUCAAUCUCGGAGACAGCGGUGGAAGUGCAAUGGGAACCAUUCCAGUUUAUGUUCGAUGGCUGGGAGAUCAGCUUUAUUGCAAAGAGUAAUGAAGGUGGAAUGGUGCUUCAACUCCCCAGUACCGUCACAGCCUACAACCAGUCAGGCCUGAGGCCUGGGGAGGAAUACACAGUCAACGUGGUUGCAAUAAAAGAGCACAGCAGGAGUGCCCCAGCUACAGCGAUGGUAUCAACACUGAUUGAUGGACCGAAUGAGAUCAUCGUCAGAGAGGUGACUGACACUGUUGCCUUUGUUGAGUGGACCCCUCCAAGAGCCCACGUGGACUAUGUGUUGCUGUCAUAUGGACUCACCAGUGGGACGAUUGAGAAGACUGUGCUGAAACUGCAGCCCAGCCUGAGCCAGUUCUCCCUGCAGAACUUAAGACCCGCAUCUCAGUACGAGGUGUCAGUCAUGGGCAUUUACGAUCAUGGACAGAGCCAGCCUGUAACAGCAGCCUUUACCACAGAGCUUGAUGCUCCUAGGAACCUGCAUGUGGUGAGCCCUGGGGACAGCAGGCUGGAGCUGGAAUGGGACAACAGUCAAGCAGAUGUUGACAAAUACAGAGUGGUGUACAGUACCCUGGCAGGCAGGCAGUACCAUGAACUGAUUGUGCCUGAAAACAUAGGGCUAACGAGCAAAGUCACUCUGACAGACCUAUUGCCUGGAACUGAGUAUGGGAUAGGAAUAUCAGCCAUAAAGGAGUCUAAGCAGAGUGUUCCGGCCACCAUGAACGCAAGGACUGAUCUGGACCGUCCUCUUGGCUUCACUGUGAUAGCCUCAUCCAAUCACAGCAUCUCCCUCAUGUGGACACAGAUUCGAGGCCCUGUCGAUCACUACCAGGUCAACUACAGCACAGCCAAUGGUGUCAGUUCACAGGUGACCAUUCCAAAGGGCAGUACCUCGGUGACCCUCAACAACCUGGAGCCUCACACCAAAUACAACCUGUCCAUUAUGGCAGUGCGAGGCUGGCAGCAGAGCGAUCCGUCCAUCAUCGAGGGCAUGACCGGUUACUACCCGGUGCAGGAGUUACUGUUCUCUGACAUCACCGAGAACUCUGUCAACGUGUCCUGGCAGCAGCCAACGUCUCCCACCGACAUCUUUAUCCUAAAUUAUAAUCCCCGCUCUCAUGGAGAGACAAAACAAUUGACAGUGAAUGGCAAUGAGACCCAUACAACCCUCUACAACCUCCAGCCUGGCGUAGACUAUCUCAUCACAUUGCUCGCUGUUCAGGGGACUGUCACUGCAAAGCCAGUGCUGGGAUCCUUCACUACAGCCUUGGAUCCACCUCAGGAUAUAUCGUUCACUAAUGUUUCCGAGGACUCAGUGACAGUGGUGUGGAGCAGGCCUGUGGCUGCCUUCGAUCAUUACCGGAUGCUGUACCAGUCAGCAGCUGUCCUGCAGGGGUUGGCCAAGAGUGUGGUCAUUGAAUCGUAUCUAACCGAGUACACCCUGACUGACUUACAGCCAGCAACUGAGUACACGGUGAAGUUAAACACAGUGCAAGGCUCUGCUGAGAGUCAGCUGAUUUCAAACACUGUUCACACAGCUAUGGACAAGCCCCUGGACGUGCGGGUUCUGAACAUGACUCCCACAGAAGCUGUGCUUGAAUGGAUUGCACCUCAGGCUGUGGUGGAAAACUAUGUCAUCCUCUUAACACAAAAUCAGCUUGUUGCGAACACUGUCCAUGCUGAUGGAGAGACAACACGGUACCAACUCAGUGAACUCCAGCCGUUCACCAACUAUUCCGUCACCGUCUACGCUGUCCAAGGCUUCAUGACCAGUGUCUCAGCCUCCACCAACUUCCUCACUCCUCUAGAUCCUCCUCGAAACCUGACAGUGAGUGAGGUCACUCGGCGCAGUGCACUCAUUUCCUGGCUCCCACCAGUGGCCGACAUUGAGAACUAUGUGCUGGUGUACAAGGACCAUAGUGGGCAGCAGAAGGAGCUGAUCCUCGAUGCAGAGGAUACUUGGAUUCGACUAGAGGGUCUGUCCGAAACAACAGAGUACUCCCUGAGACUGCAGUCGGCGUUUGGCACCAUGAGGAGCACAACAGAGCAUGCCUCCUUCACUACAGCCGGACGCCUUUAUCCGUACCCUUGGGACUGUACUCAGCACCUACUUAAUGGAGACACCAUCAGUGGCAUCUACACCAUCUACCUAAACGGAGAGCCACAGCAAAGCAUGCAGGUCUACUGUGACAUGACCACUGAUAGUGGCGGCUGGCUCGUGCUCCAGAGGCGGCAGAAUGGACUGACAGACUUUGCACGCAAGUGGAGUGAUUAUCGAGUGGGCUUUGGAAAUCUGGAGGAUGAAUUCUGGCUAGGGUUGGACAACAUUCAUAAGAUCUCUGCCCAAACCAGAUACGAGUUGCGAAUCGAUCUCCGUGAUGGCCGUGAAUCAGUCUAUGCAACGUAUGAUCGGUUCUACUUGAGUGAUGCCCGGAACCUGUACAAGCUGAGGAUUGGAGAUUACAGUGGGACAGCUGGGGACUCCCUCUCCUAUCACCAGGGACGCCCAUUCUCCACCAAGGACCGGGACAAUGACGUGGCAAUCACAAACUGUGCCUUGUCUUACAAGGGAGCCUGGUGGUAUAAGAACUGUCACCGUGCUAAUCUCAAUGGAAAAUACGGGGAGAAUCGCCACAGUCAGGGUAUAAACUGGUUCAGCUGGAGAGGUCACGAACUGUCCAUUCCAUUUGUUGAGAUGAAGGUGCGGUCCUUCAACUUCAGAGCAAUGAUGUGGAGAGGCAACCACUCCCUGCCUUUACAAUGA